AUGAAGUAUGCUUCAGUGUUGGUGGCCGCGCUUGCUGCGCUCGCAAAGGCCAGCGGCCCUAUCCCCCCAGGCGGAAUUGUUGGUCAACCCAUUACCGAGCACGGAAAGGGUGCUGUCUUCUCUGGUGGCACCAACCAUGAACUCGAUCUCCAAAACCCAAGCAACAUCAACGCCCAACCAUCCAGUGACAACGGUCUCGUGCCAAACCUGAAAUGGAGUUUCUCUCUGUCCAAGACACGAAUGUUCUACGGUGGUUGGAUUCGUGAGCAGGUCAUCCAGGAUCUGCCUACCAGUCACGAUAUUGCCGGCGCCCAGGUUCAUUUGAUCAAGGGUGGUAUCCGACAGAUGCAUUGGCACAGAGUUGCUGAAUGGGCUUACAUCUACGCCGGUACCUUCUUGAUAUCUGCCGUCAGCGAGGACGGCAAGUUCCAGCUCGACAAGCUUACCGUUGGUGACAUGUACUACUUCCCCAAGGGAGCUGCUCACUCUCUUCAAGGCCUUGAUGAUGAGAACGAGAUUCUCCUGAUCUUUGAUGACGGUGACUUUGACCGUGUCGGAACCACCUUCAUGGUUGCCGACUGGAUCUCUCACACCCCUAAGGACGUCCUGGCCAAGAACUUCGGCGUCCCACUUGGAACCUUCGACAAGACCUACAACCCCGACCCAGCUCUCAUCAACUCUACCAUCAGCACCCGAAAUGUCACCGGCCCCAACGGCGUUCUCGAGGGCAACAGCUCCUAUACCUUCCACAUCAGCAAUGCUCCAGAAAUCCAAGUUCCCGGCGGUGGUGGUACCAUCCAGGUUGUCGACUCCAAGAACUUCCCUAUCUCUAAGACCAUUGCUUGCGCUGUUGUCCGCCUAAAGCCCGGUGGCAUGCGCGAACUCCACUGGCACCCAACUGCUGAGGAAUGGCUCUACUUCCACAGCGGAAAUGCCCGCGCAACUGUCUACAUCGGUGGUGGCCUUGCCCGAACUUUCGACUUCACCUCUGGUGAUGCUGGUGUCUUCCCAGACAACUCCGGUCACUACGUCGAGAACACCUCUGACACCGAAGAGCUCGUCUACCUCGAAAUCUACAAGGCCGACCGUGUCGCCGACGUAUCUCUCAGCCAAUGGCUCGCCCUUACCCCCGCCGACAUCGCUGCUGCUGCUAUCAAUGUGCCAAUUGAGGUCAUUGAGAACAUCAAGAAGGAGAAGCAAUACAUCAUCGCGUAA